AUACGCCUGGAAAAGAUACGACCGAUCGUAGAUUAACACCGUUUCUUCUCGCGUGAAACGCGCGGCGUGGGUGCAUCGAGGGCGGGAGGGGGGUUGCCGGCGACUCCUGUGGCGGCUGCGGCGUGUUGUGCGAUUCUAUCGAUCAUACGCGGAGCGUCAACGGGUGUGUGCGUCUCCUCUUCGUCCGCGUGUCGCCAUCGAAAAUUUUCGCCCUCGAAAAGCGCGCGCGAACGCGGUGCUUCCGCUCUUUUAAUUCCGCUGGUUCCACCCGCAAACGAACGGUGUAUGUGUACGUGUGCGUAUAUAUACGAUGAUAAUAUUCGCGCGACGAUGGAGUUAUUGGCUUAGAAGCCCGAGGUUAUAGUCGACGAAAAUAGACGCGCGGGUAGCGUCAAGUGCGAGUCAAGUGGAUCGCGGGCAUUGUUGCGAUUUACUAUAGUAAGGUCGCGGCGCGGAUUUUGCAAAAAAAAUUCUGUCGGGAGGCGACGUGUGCGUGGCAUGUGUGACCGUAUCGGAUUUAAUGGGAGCGUGUGGUGUAAUCUGACAGCACGCGGGAUUUCGUGGGAAGGUGUCACGGAAGCAAACCUGCGUAAUUGGUAUUAGGGCAAAAACUAAAUUAGCUAAUUACAUUGAAGAGAAAUUGGAUAUUCCAUCAAAUAAUUUCAUGAAAAUAAAGCAAAUACUCUUACAAUUUAACUUGUGUGUUACAAUGUGGCGUGUAACGCGUUAAAGACACAAGGAGGAAAGUUUAAACGGACGAGAUGGACAAUGAUUUAAGUCGGCUUGUGGAGUGAGCUGUAGCCUGAGCGACGAGCCUAUUCGUGUGUUGAUUGUACAGCGUUCUAUUGUAACAAGUUGCAACGUUCCGUGAUAAUACGAUAAGUGUCGGACCAACCGAGGCGGCAGGCAAACCAAGAUGAUUCUCCGUCGAAAGUCGCUGCAUAGCUGCAAUUGUCCCUGCCAUCAACAUUGCUCCACCAAGUGCACAGAAGAUGUAGAGAGUAUGACAGGGGAGAUAGAAAAUGGAGACCUGGCAGUUCGAGACGUUGCAGAUCUUCUCCAGGCACAAUAUGCUAUUAUUGCAGGAGGAAAAACGCAAGAAGGAUGUCCUAUAAUUAUAUUUCCAGAUAAUGGCAAUUUUCAUAAUUUGACAGACUUGGACUAUCAACGUCUUAUGUUAUAUCUUACUUCUGUGCCAACGUUGCAAGAAGCUGAUCUUGGAUUUCAUUUGAUAAUUGAUCGAAGGAAUGAUAAGUGGAACUCGGUGAAAACAGUGCUUUUGAAAAUUUCUGCAUUUUUCCCUGGUCUAGUGCAUGUAGUAUAUGUGUUGCGACCCGCCGGAUUUUUUCAAAAAGCCAUUUCAGAAGUAUCGAAUAAGUUGUUUCGAGAGGAUUUCAAGUUUAGGGUUAUAUUCUUGGCUAACAUUAUUGAGCUUCACGAAUUUAUAGAAAAAGAUCAACUCACUGAGCCGCUCAGCGGCAAUUUACCGUAUUGUCAUCAUACUUGGAUACAAAAUAGAAUUAGUCUGGAAAAAUUUUCAUCAAUGACACAGGACGUGUCCCUCGCGUUGGAUUCUUUCACGCGACGUUUGGCUGAAGUGGAAUUUCCUAACAAUACUAUUGCUACAACUACACUAUUGUCACAGCAACAAGCUGAAUAUAACGAAUUAAAAGAAGAGAUACUUAGUGCUGCCAGACAUGGAGAAGCUCUUUUAGAUAGCGUACGGCAACUAACUGGAAAAGGAACAGCUGAUAGAUUGGGAAAUGUUGCAGCAGUAGAAAGGCUACUUGUUCAGUUGGAGGAAACCGAACGAACCUUUGACUUGUUUUGGUCACAUCAUAGCUCACGUUUGAGACAUUGUUUGGCUCUGAGGCAAUUCGAGCAAGAUUUCCGGGAAUUACAAGCGACAUUAGAUCAACAUUUAAAGACAGUGGAAGAAAUGACAGAGGUUGGCGAGACGCAAGCACGAGUGGAACAAUUGCUGCACGACACAUCGGCGUUUCAACGAAUAUGCAGAGGAGACAUAGAUCGCGCGGAAGAGGUGAUAUCCGCUGGUCAACAACUAUUGUCCGGCAGGCAUCAGUGUCCGACAGACGUUGUGGAACCUAAAUGCGUGGAGCUACAAAGAAUCUGUACCAUCCUCAGUCAGAGAUUGGAGAGACGAUUGCAUAUGUUGACUAAAUGCCGGGAACUUAUGGAGCGUAUAGAUAAGGCCAAUACUUGGUGCACACGAGGGAUAGAAUUGUUGGCGUCGCAAAACAGUACCACGCCGCCGGAUCAAGCGCUUCAAGAGCUGCAGCAAUUGAUCGAAGCCGCGGAGGAAUUCCAUCAUCCCCGAUGUAUCUUUCAAGAUUCCGUAAUGCCGGAGACUAAAGCGCUUAUUACGCAAGUCUUGCAAAGGAUAGAAGAUGUAUCCUUGAUGUGCGACAAGAGAAUAAUGGCACUAAAGCAGCAAUUGAUCAAACCAACUAGACCAGUACAAACUGUCACUCCAGAACCAGUCAAACCCUUGCAAUCACUGCCUCAAACUGUAAAGCCCAGCAGAGUUCUCAAAAAAGCCAACACUAUGCCAAAGAUGGAAAUGAGUCCUAUAGAGGGAGAGUCCUCAUCACCAGAAAGCGAACCUCGAGACAUCGAAGCUUUACGUUUAAAACGCGGUCAUGUCUUGGCGGAACUUGUGGAAACUGAGCGAAUUUACGUUACCGAACUUGGUUCGAUUGUUAAAGGUUACAAGAUGGAAAUGACGAACGAAGCGAUGGUUCAUUUGAUACCAACUGCACUGGUGGGCAAAGCGGAUGUAUUGUUUGGAAAUUUAGAAGAUAUUUAUAUUUUUCAUGGUGAAACAUUUCUAAGAGAUCUGGAGAACUGCAUUUCGAAUACUGAACUGGUAGCUUUGUGCUUUGUUCAAAGACGCGAGAUAUUCUUUAGAUUGUAUAGUUAUUAUUGUCAAAAUAUUCCGCGAUCCGAGAAAUUGCGUGAACAAAUACAGGCCGAACCGCAAUUUCUCGCAGCCUGCCAGCAAAAACUUGGUCACAAGCUGCCGCUCGCUGCCUACCUUCUUAAACCCGUUCAGCGGAUUACCAAAUAUCAGUUGUUAUUAAAAGAUUUAUUAAAAUAUAGUGACGAACCUUCAUGCUGCACUGAAUUACAAGAGGCGCUUGAUUGCAUGCUAGUCGUAUUAAAAUGUGUCAAUGACAGCAUGCAUCAAACUGCAAUAACAGGUUUUGGAGGCGAUCUAAGCGCACAGGGUGAAUUAUUGUUACAAGGCUCGUUUAGUGUUUGGAGUAGCAGUAAACGGGAGCGAUUAUUACGAUUAAAACCAUCACAACGGCAUAUCUUUUUAUAUGAAAAGGCUUUGAUAUUUUGUAAGCAUAGCAAGCCUCAAGCUCACAACAAGGCCACGUACCAUUUUAAAAGAUAUUUGAAGAUGUCUCAGAUUGGUUUGACGGAGUCGGUGAAAGGUGACGCUAAACGGUUCGAGAUAUGGUUACAGGGCAGAGCUGAGGUGCAUACAAUACAAGCGCCCAGUAUCGAUGUUAAACAAUCUUGGGUGCGUCAGAUCAAGGGUGUUUUGAUGUCUCAGUUAGCCGAACUCAAAGGAAAACAAAAUUCGGCUCUUGGAAAAUCCAAUCAUAAGCCGUUGCGACAAACAAUCUCAUGGGAAGCACAAAGUAUAUCGGGAUCUUUGCGAACACUAUCUGUCGACGGUAACAGCGUCAUCUCGCAUAUGACCGAUGUCUCACAAUCAACGGAGGAAGACGCAGCAUGGAGUUCAGAAAAUAGCAAUACAGAUGAGGAAGACGCUUUUGGCGACAAUCCAGGACCGGCACCGGGAGGAAGAUACGUAGCAUUGGCAGAUUAUUGCGCGGUAGGUCAGUCGGAAGUCACGAUGCGUGAGGGUGAUACCUUGGAGCUUCUCAAAGUCGGUUGUGCUGGCUGGUGGUUUGUCAAACUGAUUGGCACUGGCAUGGAAGGCUGGGCGCCCGCAGCGUACUUAGAACCAAUUAGUCGCAAAACGUCACGCAGUUCGCAGUCGGUCAACAGUCAAGAGGCUAUAUGAAAUAGGCGAUUAACACACUAGAGAGCCUACUAGUGUGUUAGAUCUUUGCUUAUCUCAAGCUUGAGAUCGCUAGUUAUUGAAAAACAUUUACUGUUGAAAACGGUAAACAUUUUCUAAAUGGCGACAAGAUCGGUUUUUGGAAAUCUUUUACAGCAUUUAAACAUGAUGAUGAGUUGCAUCAUUUUUCUUGUACAAUACAAGUAUGCAAUGCUUGAUGUUGAGUGACGCCUUUGUAUUCGCAAUACGAAGAACGUUGAGUUAAACGGGUGAUAAGAUUUUUACGUUUACGAGAAUUUUAUACUAAUGCAUAUUAAGAAGAAAAGAUGGAAUGGAAUGAUAAACUUCAUCGUUCCACAACGAUUGUAAACAGUCAAGAACUUUGUUCGCGUUGUAACGUCAGAUGAAGCCGUUCGCGAGUAUAGAAUGGAAUUUAUUGAAUUGUACAAAACGUAGCAUUUUGAAUUAAGUCGGGAUAUAUAUGUGCAUGCGCGCACCAUGAAGGCAUAAUUGUGAUUUUGCAUCGAUCACAAUUUCUGUAACAAUAGUGCAUACACUGUAAUCAACAAGAAAAAGAAUGCUGCGUUGAAAAAAACGUAUCGUUCGAUUACUUCGUUAAACAUGAAGAAGUACCUAAUCUAUGAAUGAGAUGUAGUUUUUACUUACGAUCCGGGUAAUCAAAUAUUGGCUAUGUACGCGAUUAUUCCAAAGUUUAAUAUCGUAAGAUCAUUAUAAGAGACCCGCGACAUAUUUUCGUCCAUAACGUUUUAUUGACGAUCCGAGAAAUAAUCUUAUCCUUGCUUGGUGUAACCUUGCGGUGUCGCGACUAAGUCGAUCGCGUCAUUUAUGUAUUAUCAUACGUUGGCUUAGAGUAGGGUAGAGUCUAGAUGCAUUGUCAUCACAAUCGAAAAUAGUACAAUUUAGCGUUUCGCGGGCUUUUGAGAGUAUUUUAGAUGUUCUGUUUGCGAAGUUUGAGGUGUUUUUGCUUUCCCGGUUGAAUUUAAAAUAUUUGCAAAGACUAUCGAAAAUAUAUAGAUCCCCUCGAGCCUUCAAAAAUGAGAAAUGUGUGAUAAAACGUUAGAAAUCGAUGCUUCUGCAGAUUAAUAAUUGUAAACAGAUGCAGAAAGAAACAAAUGUUUAAUUAAUAUAUCGCCAUUCUUAGAAAGUUAGAUAUAUAUUGUUGAUGAGUCAUUACGACCAAAUAAGCUUGAGAUAUUAUGAAUUUGAUUAUGAGGUGAACCAUUCGUUUUGAAAGAAUAACGCGGUGAUAGAAGAGUAGGAGGGAGAUAAGUGGAGAAAGGGAAUUAAAGAAUCAUAUACAACGUGUAAAAUUUUCUAGGAAGCUAAACGGUUAACACCAACAGUAAUAUGCAAUAUCUGAUACCAAUAAAUCUUAAUACAUCUAAUACUUUAGGACUAUAAUAAGCUAUCUCAGUUCUCUCUAGCAGAUUUCGUAACCCACCAAUUUCAUAAGUCUACUAUGAUAUAUAGCAAUGUAUGAUAGCAUCAUUUGUACCGAAACAUUUGUAUGGAUAACAUAAUUUUUAAGGGAUAAU